UCAUCGCCGCGCGCGCCCUGCUCCAACUCUGCCACAAUGUUCGGCUUGUUUCUAUCAUUUUUUGCACAUAUUUUUAGGUCAGGCUGGACUGGUGUGAAUGAGCGCACCUUCAUAGCAGUCAAACCAGAUGGAGUACAGAGGAGACGAGUGGGAGAAAUUGUGCAGCGUUUUGAGAAGAAAGGGUUUAAACUGGUGGGCUUCAAGCUGAUGCAGGCAUCUAAGGAGCUAUUGAGAGAACACUACUGGGAACACAGGAAUCGUCCCUUUUAUAACAAACUCGUGUCAUACAUGAGCUCAGGGCCAGUGGUUGCAAUGGUGUGGCAGGGAUUAGAUGUUGUUAAGACCGGAAGGAAAAUGAUGGGACAGACCAACCCAACCAACUCACUGCCGGGAACGUUCAGAGGAGAUUUCUGUGUGAUUAUGGGGAAGAAUGUGAUCCAUGGCAGUGAUUCUGUGGAGAGUGCGCAGAGGGAGAUUUCACUGUGGUUCAAAGAGUCGGAGCUCUGUGAGAGGGAGGGCUGCAGCGCCAAGUGGAUAUACGAGUAACUGCACUGUCAGCCAGCAAUAUACAAGUCAAGUCCGUACCAUGCUUGCUUGGGGGCAGCUCUGCUUUAUGUACUCGUGCUAAACCUCAACGUUGUCUUAAUCAAAAAAGCCUAACCGUCCAGGGAAAAAAACAUGCACACUUUUGAAAGCUUUUGUGACGGCGCUGAAGUAAGAACCAAAUAAUCAGUGGUUAUGUUUACAUGCAAAAAUCUGAUCAUUAUCUGAUUUCUGGGGUUAUCAGACUAUUGAAAUGUCAUGUUUACAGUUAUAUCCGAUGUGAGUAAUCUGAUUUCUUUUUGGUUGUUCACACCUGUGCACAGAGAAAUUGUUUUUAGUAUUAUCUGAUUAUUCUAGUUAUCUGAUUAUCGUCUGGCCAUGUAAAAGAACCCACUGACAAUAGAGCAAUAUUUUGUUUAUAAACGGAACAUAGUGGACCAAACAAGUUCAUAGUGUGGUUAUAACUUAUUAAAAAAAUAAAAAAAAGAUGUGGUUUUGUCUUUGUUACACUUCCAAUCGUGUGU